AUGCUUUGGGAGCAAGUGCAGGCCUGCUGGGCGGAUAUAGACCAAGGAUACAUCAACAAGAUCAUUGAUGGUAUGCCUGAGAGGGUGAAGGCUGUAUGUCAAGCUAGGGCUAAAUCAUUUUACCUUGCCAAGAAGAUGGUUGACCAAGCCGUAACAUUGUGCGGCGUCGAUGAUCCGCAUCUAUAUGACGACAAGCUAUCGCCGGGACGCUGCUCCUUGGCUCAGGGAUUCCCCUUCUUCGUUGAUCUAGACGACAUGUUUUCACCCAAAACUCAACUCGACGACCCGAUCUGGACAGAUUCUCGCGUCAGAAUGAGUGAAAUGGAUCAGCCCGUAUCAGUCGCGAGAUCAACUUCAGCACUGUCGACUCGAUCGACAACCAGUGAUUGGAACUUCGGCAUGACUGCUAAUGUCCAACUGGCCCCCUACGAAGAAUGGGAAUUUCUCCACCUUAAAGACGUGGAAGAAUGGUCCCAUCUCAAGGUUGUGAUCGGACAAGAUCUUCGAGACAUGCGGUACCUCGUUGUGAGAAAACUAGGUGCCGGGGCGUACGGGACGGUCUGGCUGGCCUGUGAUCAAAAACACAACCGAUUCGUCGCCAUCAAGAUCUUGUCCGCCAAAGAAACCGUCAAGCAAUUGCAGUCUGUUGCUACCGAAGAGCUCGCGCUCGUGCGACGGCUUAUCCGCGACCCUGGAACGCAUCUGAAUUUGCCGCGGUAUUUCGAGAUCUUUGAGCAAGCGGACUGGCACACCAGAAGUCCGCACGCUUGUUUUGUUAUGGAGCCGCUUUCUUGUCUUCAGCAUUGGAUCAGUCGCGCGAAAAAUGGACUGCCAGCUCACGUAUACAAGAAGUUGGCUCGUCAAGUAUUACAGGCGCUCCAAUUCCUGCAUGAGGAAUGGAAUCUGAUUUAUGUCGAUUUGAAGCCUGACAAUGUCUGCAUACGGACGAACCAUAUGGACGCAGUCAUCCGCCAAGAGAUGGUAGCGAGUCCUCCUAUGGUGGCCGAGAUGGGCUGUGAUAUGUUUGGUGACGAGCUUAUAUUACCCGUCGGGGUAGUUCCUUAUCUCUCUCAAUCGCUUCCCGCUUGGUUGGGUGAAGCGGACGAAGUCGAUCAGGAUGAUAUCACCGCCGUCCUGAUCGAUCUUGGAAAAGUCCGCUCUCGUGACCUCGAACACAACGAAAAGGUGCAGACUACGGCCUACCGAAGCCCAGAGGUCAUCCUCGGCCACCCUUGGGGCAGCGCCGUCGAUAUCUGGGCGUUUGGAUGUUUGCUCUACGAGAUGGCGACAGGUGGAGCUUUGCAUCCGAACCCUUUGGACGACUGGGGUUACCAGCUCUAUCUAUAUGCGAGCUUUGCCGGGCCAAAUUUUCCUCUCUCGAUGAAGGAGAAAAGUCAGGACUGGGACGAAUAUCUGGACGAUGAAGGUAAGCAGUCGAUGAAGGCUGACCUUCACGGUUCGCUCAAAGUCUCCCUUGUUCAUUGA